AUGACGCAGACGGAUAAUAACAGUCAAAUUAUUAAAACACCUUUAGUUGUAGACAAUUCAGCUAAUGAGUCGAUAGCUGAUGAUAGUACUAUAAAUAUAUCUGUUACUGGUACUCGUUAUCCAGUUAUUGUUUUAUUAGGACACACUAGUUCUGGAAAAAGUACUCUUGGAAAUUGGCUAUUAGGAAAUCAUGGUUAUGGAGGUCCAUUCGAAAAUGAUAGUUCUUCUGGACCUGGACCUGUUACCACACAAUGUCAGCCCGCUUCAAUAAAAAUCAAUGAUCGUAUUUUCGAUCUUAUCGAUACCCCAGGAGUAUUUGAUACAGAUGCCGAUAUUAGGAGUGAAGAAACAUUAGAAAAGAUUGCUGAUCUAAUUUAUCAUUGUUCAUAUGGAGUCCAAGCUAUUAUUUUCGUUGUUGAUAUAACUCAACGCCAACCUUUUAAAAACACCAUGAAAAUAAUCCAAGGUUUCCUUGGAGAAGCAGCUCUUGAUCAUAUGAUCGUAGCAUUCACUCAUACUACGAAAGACCAAACCGAACGUGACCAAAUAUUAAACCUGACACGAGAAAUGAAAGAACUUCUGUCUUCUGUUAAUAAUCGAUGGUUUAUCUCACCUAACCCUGAUAUAUUCAGGGAAGAUAGUGAUGUGGUGAUUAAGAAUAUGGUGAAAGCUAAACUAAUGAUUGAUGAAUUUCAAAGUGCAUACACUACGGCCACAUUUAAUAAAGUUAGGGAUGCAGAAGAUAAAAGAGCGGAAGCUCUCAGGGUGGCAAGAUACAGUUGCUUCAAGCUUGAUACUAAAGUCUUACUUGAAAAUAAAAAGGUGGUUCCGAUGUCUUCGGUUCGUGUUGGAGAUCGAGUGUGCUGUGGUGCAAUUAAUGGAAAACUUAAGUUCUCAGAAGUUUACCUUAUUGCACAUUACAAUUCUGAAAGCAUGACCGAAUUUUUAAAAGUCGAAUUUACAACUCCUGAUGGAAUUAAAAGUUCACUUCUCUUAACACCAGAGCAUCAUAUAUUCAUUAAUAAUAACUUUGAUUAUGCUAAGAACAUAUGCCCCUACUCAUCCAAAAUUCAAGUUCUUAUUGGUACACAAUUAGUUCAAGUUCAGGUUGAAAAUGUUUCUACGGAAUAUCACAAAGGAUAUAUUGCAAUUUUUACAAGAGCUGGUACUAUUAUGGCAGAUAAUAUUCUUUGCUCCUGCUACGCCAUGUGUCCACCAUAUCAAAAUGUUAUCCAUUCUUUGUUAUACCCACUUCAAAUUUUCUCGGUAUUUAAAAAGCUUACAAAUUAUGAAGAAGGAAAAAUUCACCCGUAUCUUGAAUUCUUAAAGAAUAGAUAUGAAAAUAUAAAUGGUCUUUUUAGUAAGACUAGGUUAUUGAUUAAAUAA